GCGUGUUUGUAGGUCUUUGUAAUUAGUGCUGCUUGUUGUAAAGUCGUUGUUUUUUAAUUGUUUGGAUGGUUAACUGGUCGUAAAUAAAUCUGCAUUGAAUGUGUGAGCGUGUAGGCAUGAGUCUCACGGAGCGGGAUUCUUCCACCUGGAGACCCAGAGACCCGUUUCCAAACAUCCGCGCGGCUGGAAAACUCGUUCCAGUCGGUGACACAACUAAAACUUGCCUGCAAGAAAUUACACCAGGGGCUUUAACUCCACCUGUGGUGAGAAAGUUUGUCAAUUCUGCUCGGCCGCCCAUUGGGACAGUUCGGGUCUUCCAUGGAAAAGCAAAUGAUCCUGAUACUGCUAGCACACUAGUCCAUGGUGUGAACACUAAAUCAUCCAUUAAUGCUGGAUCAGUUAUCAAUCCCGCACCAAAAACACGCUUCCAAGAGAGGCUGCGUCAUCUUCAUGAAAUCAAUUAUCAGAAAGCUCCUCUUGGGAGGUCUGGAGUUCAAGGCCCUGGUUUACCAAGCUGGCUUGAUUCUGAGAAAACCAUGUUUGGUGUUACAACGCUCCAGUUAUCUAACGGCGGUGAGGUCAUCAAUCCACCCAAAACCACACAUCAGGUGAAGAAGGAAGCGGAUGAAGGACAUCAGCUCUACGUUCGCUCACACGGAUCCUAUUUUGUGGGAGAGCGUGUGGACAGGAAGUACAAUUGCAGUCACUAUAAGAGAGAUAGCAGGUUUGGUGUCCCAACGCCUCAUUUCAAUGAUGGGAGAACCAUCUCCAGAUCUCUCCGAUGGCCCUGUGACUCACUAAUGCACAACAGCGCAAAAUUAGUUUCCAAACGUUGUGACAACUUCAGAGAGAAGACUCAGCCGCAAACAGGCAAAGUUCAUGAUCCAAUUGCAGAGACAUUAAACGUUCCCAGUGAUCACACAUUUGGAGUCUUGAUGAAACCUGACAGCUUUGGUGUGGGUGACCUGCUCCAUCAAACUCCACCUGAUGAGUACCUGAAAGGUAAAGACAGACAGCGAGCCAUGCUCAGUGCUGUCCGUCAGCACCUCAAGAAGUCCAACUACCAGAACUUCAGCUCAUUACUGGAAGCAUUCAGAUACUACGACAAGAAGGGUCGAGGAAAAAUCGAUAAGGAAGAUCUGAAGGAAGUCUGCCACCAGUUUAACAUGACCAUCAGUGACCCUGUGCUUGAUGAUCUCAUGGAUUACUGUGACGUUGAUAAAGACGGACUGAUCGGCUUCAUGGAAUUUUCCAAUUUUCUUAAUUGGAAAGACAAACUGCCAAUCAACAGGGUGGAGCAGAAGAUUCUCACAGGAGAGCGGAAGGCUUGGACAGCCCCAGCUAACAUGCAGCGCACAGACCUCCAGGAAUCCAGCUCCGUGAAGCCUUUGAUUAUACCUGAGGAUCUGGAACCGGUUGAUGUGGGAAGCACCAGAAAGACUCCCAAAACCCUGCCUAGGCCUAGAACUGUGCAGAACAACUUCUUCACCUCAUCUUCUGUCAUCAACGCUGUUGUGAAUGGACUUUCCCCAGCCGAUGAUCACACAUACGGAGUACCAACUGUACGGGCCGAUCUGCCUGCUCCUCGUAUCAAACGUGUGAGCGACAGGACAAACUACGGAGACGAAGCGACAGCUCAUGAUCUGCUGCACCCUCCUCUGCAUUCCCUCUACGGAGUCCACGAAAAAGAGUUUUUUAGCCCUCGCACUAAAGAUGAGAUCGCACGGAUAUUUCAAAACGUGGGUCUCAGGUUUGCUGCGGAGACGUUCGAAGAGGCCUGGAAGUUGGCGUCCAUGAGACACCCCGCCGUGUGUGACGUAUGCGUGGAAAGCUUUCGGCAUGUUCUUGGUGAACUACGCGCAAAUUAAACAAAAUUUGAGCUUUAAUUUAGUUUUAUUUAUAAUCCACCAUUAAAUAAAG